AUGCUAUCCGCCCAGCAGCCAGCAGACCCACUCAGGAAGGAUAGUAUGGACGUGGCACCCAACACCGCUCUGCACGCCUCGAAGCAAGCGCCACUUGGCCGGCAUGCACCGCUGGCCGGAGGCCGUGAUGGAUUGAGGGUCGUGGCUCCUAGCAAGACCGUCAUGCCUUCUCGAAUGGUCAUCAAGAUGCUCGAGAGGAAGUGCUUGCGACACAUCGAGGCCGUCCACCACAGGGACUUUUUCGAAGGCGGAGCUAUCUGGACCGACAAGACUGAUUCUUGGGAAGCAGAGAUGCCCUUCGUUACCGAGGAGCAAAUGUCUCUGCACCAAUACGUCAAGGCCUGGCAAGUGCUUGCGAGGCAGUACCCGGAAUAUGGCAUUCAUUGUACGGGUAUGUCGACUUCCAUUGAGGGGUCCUCAGCAUCCGUUCGCGCCGAUCUGGAGGUUACUGGCAUGCCAUCUGGUGUUGUUCGCCGGAACGUCAGCAUUGCCAGUUUUGAGCUUGUGGACGGCAAGUGGCUCGCCACGAAGUUCACAACAGCUCCGUCGUGA